CCGAAAGGGCUAAGGUUACCUUGGAAUGUUGAGGGCUCCCUGGGGCAGGACUAUAUAACCCCAGAGGGACUGCCCCAGGCUGACUCUGCUCCCUUCCAGCCAGAGCCACUGCCUUGCCCCCAGGAGACCGAAGACAUGGCACCCAAAAAGGCCAGGAGAAGGGCGGCAGCAGAGGGUGGAAGCUCCAAUGUCUUCUCCAUGUUCGACCAGACUCAGAUCCAAGAGUUCAAGGAGGCCUUCACGGUAAUCGACCAGAACCGUGAUGGCAUUAUCGACAAGGAAGAUCUGCGGGACACCUUCGCAGCCAUGGGGCGCCUCAAUGUGAAGAAUGAGGAGCUAGAUGCCAUGAUGAAGGAAGCCAGUGGUCCCAUCAACUUCACCGUCUUCCUGACCAUGUUUGGAGAGAAGCUUAAAGGUGCUGAUCCUGAGGACGUGAUCACUGGAGCCUUCAAGGUCCUGGAUCAUGAGGGGAAGGGCACCAUCAAGAAGCAGUUCCUGGAGGAGCUGCUUACCACGCAGUGCGACCGCUUCUCCCCGGAAGAGAUCAGGAACAUGUGGGCAGCGUUCCCCCCCGACGUGGGAGGCAAUGUAGACUACAAGAACAUCUGCUACGUCAUCACGCAUGGCGACGCCAAGGACCAGGAGUAGGGGACCCUCUUAGGCCUCUGCUGGCCAAUGCCUCCUGCCAGUCCGACCCCCCACCCCGACUCCUAAUAAAACUCAACUGGUCUUUGUUUCUUA